AUGACCAUCAUCCUUUCCAAUGAUAGUCCCCUGGUUAUCGAUCUCGAGGCCCAGGCAGCACCUCUGGAGAAACAACAUCUCUGCCGGACCACCAAGGAGCAUCAUACUGACAAGCGUCGUUGGCAUCAAUCUCUCAUCUAUUACUUUAUUAUUGUGUUCUCAACCUUGGUGAUUGUGAUUAUCCUUAAUGUUUGUCUGGUGGUACUAAAGGUUCCUCAGGCCGCAAAUGACCUGUCGCUGAAGAUUGGUGAGUUGUUGGAAUCGUCGUCCAGCGUUAUUAACCCAUCGUCGCAGUAUAUCGAUAAUAAUGAUUUCAUCGCGGUAUCAUCACCAUCCCAAAUCAACACUGAAGAAAGUCCUUCAUUUGUGAAAAAGAGUCUUCCUACCAAACCACAUGCCAUCCGCUUAGGAAACUCAGUUUAUAAUGAUUUUAAUGAUUACUGA